UGGAGGUGGCGGUCCACCUGAUCCUCUACGUGCGCGAGGUCUACCCGGUGGGCAUCUUCCAGAAGCGUAAGAAGUACAACGUGCCUGUCCAGGUGCUGGCAGCGGCUGAUGGCCUGACAGUCCCCUGUGCCCUCACUGCAGCGGUUCCUUCCAUCCCUUCUGAACUGGGAGUUCCCCUUCAUAAGUGACCGACCAGUCCCUCCAUCACAGUUGUCCUCUGGGUCAUGGUUAUAUUUUAAGAGUUCUUGAUGCUACUGAAUGAUGUCCUGCCACCCGGAGCUGAACCAGUAUAUCCAGGACACACUGCACUGUGUCAAGCCACUCCUGGAGAAGUUCUGUCUGGGCUUGGCCUCUCAGGGUUUCCUCCUCCUGUUUGUCCUGCUCUGAGACGUCCGGGACCUUCACGGGGCCCAGGCCUUCUCUCCCCUCAGCCUGUACCACUCAUGUCUGGGGGUGCCUACUUGAACUUCUCAAACCUCUCUCUGGGCUCUCAGAGACCCUCAGCCUCGAGGCUGAGCGGGGCUAAUGAUGUGGAGAAAGUGGUGGUGGUCAUUUUGGACAAAGAGCACCGCCCAGUGGAGAAAUUCGUCUUUGAAAUCACCCAGCCCCCGCUGCUAUCCAUCAGCUCAGACUCCCUGCUGUCUCAUGUGGAACAGCUGCUCCGAGCCUUCAUCCUGAAGAUCAGUGUAUGUGAUGCUGUCCUGGACCACAACCCCCCAGGCUGCACCUUCACAGUCUUGGUGCACACGAGGGAAGCUGCGACUCGAAACAUGGAGAAGAUCCAGGUCAUCAAGGACUUCCCCUGGAUUCUGGCAGAUGAGCAGGACGUCCACAUGCAUGACCCCCGGCUGAUACCCCUAAAAACCAUGACGUCCGACAUAUUAAAGAUGCAGCUGUACGUGGAAGAACGCGCUCAUAAAAGCAGCUGAGGGUGUUUCCGCUCCGCACGGAUGCCACAGUUGUCGGACUUUGGGGGCCCCCAGCCUAGGGCAGCGCUGCAGGGCCACCCUGAUUCCAAGUGCUCUUAUUGCCUCUGUGUAUGGACUGCCCACCCUCCAGCCCGGGGCUACUCAGGUCUGGUUGCCUUCAUGGAGGAAUUCUCCUCAGGAGGGCAGGAAGGGUGCUGGGACCUCGAUUUCUCAGCCUUUUGGGGUUCAACCGGCCAACACUGUCUGUCUCAAAUACAGUCCUGUGAGUUGUUUCAAUAAAGGCGCCCCAAGGGCUGA